AUGAUCGAUAUUAAACCCAGUGUACUGGAGUACAAACCUCCCUUCACAGCACAAGCUACCGAAUACGUUACUGUAACCAAUAAUUCGGAUCAAGCUGUGGCUUUCAAGGUCAAGACUACAGCUCCUAAGUUUUAUUGCGUCAGACCCAAUGCGGCUUUGGUGGGCCCAGGGGAACAAGUUCAAGUCCAGGUCAUUCUACUAGGUCUUGCCAAGGAGCCAGCUGCGGAUUUCAAGUGCCGUGACAAGUUUCUUGUGAUCACUUUGCCGGCCCCAUACGAUUUGGGGUCAUCUAGCGUUACAGAGGCCUGGCCUCAGCUGGAAGCGGAGUUCAAAGAAAAUGCGGUAUCCAAAAAGAUUAAAGUCAACUACAUAUUGGAUGCUGAGCCAUCAGCUCAGGAGUCUGCCGGUGGAGCAGCAGCUGCAGCAGGAGCAAAGUCCGACGACACUGCAAAGAAGCCUGAACUGAACGAAAAUGAUAUUCAAGACAUUACCAAACCAGAAAGCCAACCUAAGGAAUCCGUACCUUUGUCUGAUGCUAUCAAGAAGGAUUUGACCAGUGGGUCUGAGGAAAAGUCGCAUGGCUCGGAAGAUAAAGAAGGUUCAAGCACCCUGGGCUCUGGGAUUACCGGUCCUACUUCUCCUGCAAAGCAGGAAUCCACUCUGAACCCCGUCAUGAUUCUAUUAGUUGCACUUAUCGCAUUGGUUCUAGGUUGGUUGUACUACUGA